AUGACGCAUGCACCCGCAACACACCUCACAUCUGAAAUGCAAGCUCCACCAGGGCCUCCAGUUACCAAUCUUUCACGUCCAGACACAGCAGUCUUCAUCAGCAGUGAUCGCUACACAACGUUCAUCGGCGCCAAGCAACCGCCAUUUGGUACCCGCUCUGUCAACCUCGGGACCUCUGCUAGUGAUGUCUAUCCCCUCGCUUCCAGCACUGCCUCUCACCAGGCACUCGAUCUGGCUGUCCUACGCACAGAGCUGCCUCCAUGGCUCGCAGAAACAAAGGACUACUGGCUGAACACCUACUCCUGGCGUGACGAAGAGAAGCGCAUAAACUCCUUCCCCAACUACCGCAUGCAAAUCAACGGCGUAGACCUGCACUUCAUCGCCCUCUUCUCCUCGAAGAAAGACGCAGUACCCAUCCAAUUCCUGCACGGCUGGCCCGGCUCCUUCAUCGAAUUCCUGCCCAUGCUCUCCCUCAUCCGCAACCAAUACCCCUCCGCAAAAGACCUCCCCUACCACAUCAUCGUCCCCUCGCUACCAGGCUACCCGCUGUCCCCCCACCCCGUCGACAAAGACUGGAGCAUCGAAGACUCGUCCGCCGUGCUCAACCAGCUGAUGCUGAGCCUCGGGUUCCCGAAAUACAUCGCUCAGGGCGGCGACAUCGGGUCGUUUAAUGCGAGAGCGAGCGCGCUGAACCAUGAUGCGUGCGUGGGCAUCCAUCUGAAUAUGAUGCCGGUCAAGGAUCAGCCCGACGAGUCGAAACUCACGCCGCUCGAGCAGAAAGCUAUCAAAUCCGCGAACAGGUGGAGACAGACCGGCAACGCGUACGCGCAGGAACACAGCACGCGACCUUCGACAGCCGGCAGCAUACUGUCUUCGAAUCCGCUUGCGUUGCUUGCUUGGAUCGGAGAGAAAUUCCUCGAAUGGUCCGACACCGACCCUGACAUCUCGCACAUCCUAACCAACAUCUCGCUCUACUGGUUCACAUCCAGCAUCCUCACCUCGCUGUACCCGUACCGCCAGCUGCUCGGCGAGUCGGGUUUCAUGCUCUCGUACGUCGAGAAGCCGGUAGGCUUCAGCUUUUUCCCGUACGAGCUGUUCCCGGGGAUUAAGCAUGUGCUGGAGAAGAAUGGAAAUAUCGUUACGUAUGGACAGCAUGAGAGCGGCGGGCACUUCGCCGCGCUGGAGAAGCCGGAGGAGCUGUGGGGGGACGUGGAGAAGUACGUGCAGGCGGUGUGGGGAAAGGUAUAAAACGUUCCGUACUUCGUAUGUCACCUGUUCCAGUUGCGGGGCGUAGAGCUGACGCAGGGCAGGCAGGUGGAGGGCCGAAAUUGUAGUGUACGUGAGGCGUUUAACGGUACGAAAUCGCAGAGCCAAGGGUGAAGAUGGAGGGGUAAUGUCCUCCUUGGAUAUUUGGAGGGAGUGAGAUUUGUCGAG